GCGAAUACACAUACGAUACUGCUAUUCACAACGUGACGAUCAUUGAAGGACCGACAGUAUUACACGGUGGAUCAAUCAAGAUGCACGCACUUUGGAUAAUCUCGCAAAUCACGAUUCUCUUGGCUCUGCUGUCACUCACGCAAAGUGAAGUUAAUUAUUAUCAUAGUAUAGAUAUAAAAAGAAAGUGUUGUAGUUCUGGUUAUAGUUUUAACGAACAGUACAAGUGCACACCAGUGAAAUCAGGUAUAGAAAAUAAAUAUCACAAAGAAAAUUAAUUCCCCAAAGAGCAACCGCAAAUUUACGAGUGUCCAGACAAUCUGGAGCCUACGAUAAUGAACUAUACUUCAAACUAUACGUACCUCGCUGACUUUGCACAGAAUAACUGUUGCGUGGAAAAUUUAACAAGUGACACUAAAGUGAUAGCGAUAUGUCCAAAGUAUAAAGAUUGUAGAAUAUUAUUCUACGACGGAUUGGCUACUGUUGUCUUUUGGGGUGCAAAAACAUACAUGCCGGCCAACAUUGCCAACGUUUUUUUGUGUCUAAUUGUGCUUCUGACACAGAUGGUAGUAUCGGAAUUCGGGCAGAACACAGUAUACAAUCGUGCUAUAUUGAGUCACAAUGCAUCUCUUUUAACAAUGGGAACUAUGUUGAUCCUGUUGGGAUGCUGUGAUCUUUGUCAUUGUAAUCUAAAUAAUCAUGUUAUCAUCUCGUUGUGGCUACUUCUCCAUUUCUUCACUCUGGCAUCAGUCUUUUGGUUGAACGUUAUAUGCUUUGACAUGACGACGGUUAUAACAAGAUUCAGAUGGACGCCUGGUUCCAGUGAAAAGAAUGAACGUACAGAGUAUAGAAAAUUUGUUAUGUAAUCGGCUGUUGCAUGGGGCGGCGCAUUUAUACCCACUGCGAUAGCCGGCGCUUUGGAAUACAUUCCAGAUAUACCAAACGACUUUCCUCUUAAAGUUAAUUACUUAGAUUUUCGAAAAGGACCUAAUUACACUGUCAAUUUAUAUUUCUUUGGUAUACCAUUGAUCACGUUAUUUUUAAAUAACAUCCUUUUCGGAUUUACUACUUUUAAGAUAAUUAGCAUACAAAAGAGCACCAAAAUGGUUACCAAUAACCAAACAAAUAUGCUAAGGAAAAGAUAUUUUCUUGUUCUCAGACUGUAUUUGCUAAUGGGUGCGCCGUGGUUCUUCGGUAUACUUUUAGCGUGCUUGAAUCAUCUUAUCGUAUUAAAGAUAUGUCGACUGAUUCAACCGAUUCUGUGGAUACUUAUGUUAAUAAGCCAUAGGAAAGUACCACGUAAGAUUAUUGAUAAAUAUCGUAUUGCCACGUGGGAUGACCGCCAAGUUACAUAGAAUAACAAAGACUCUGCUCGUAUGUAGAGAAUGGAUUUGUCAUCGUGCCAUAGGUGAGUGGUAUGUGUCCUAUGGCUUUGCAUUACGCAAGGUACGACUCAAGGAAUCCCCGUCGAGGAGAAAAGGCCGUUCUGUCAAUGAUAACUGCUUCUUGGCGUAUACGAAAAUAAAUGUCGUGCAUACAAAUAUACGUACAUUAGACUACGUACAACAACUCUCUGUCACAUAUUUAUUGGCUGUUCAAGAAUUUUAUUAGUCCGCAGAUACUCAGGUAGCCGCGAAGAGCUUCGUAAAUAUGACUGUUGAUGAAGCGAAGAUAAUGUUAGCUUAUGUAAUAUGUUUGUCCCAUUAAGGAACGUUGUAAAUAUAUUUCAGAAAUGACAACUGAGCAAUAUUUAUAUUUGACCUUCACCAUAAGCGAAAUGUAUUAUUACUUAUUUUUGAAAAUAUUUUGCCCAGUCAUUCCUGAAUCACGUGUUAAUAGGUAUUGAUUAUUGUAGACAAAUUAAAUGAUUUACAGCAUGUAAAAAAAAAAAAGAAAGAUGAACGAUUGUAAAGUACAAAGCUUUUUCUUAUUUAUUGCUUGUUUCUUUUCUUUGUAACUUCUGAAUUACACAGAGCGAAUAUUUGCACUUGGGGAUAUUGUUAUAAUUACUUCUUACGGCCAAUCAACUGAUAGCCAUGUAAAUAAUAUAUUUUAUCACUAUCGUUAAGACGAUAAAUUUAUUUCUCAAGAACUCAUUGCGGUUGAACAGAGAAAUAUUAUCCUCGCAACCCGAACCAUUGUUUUCCUUAAACAAUAAGCCAUUUGACUUUUUCGUUAAAGCGAUUAGUGAUGAUAACUUAAUCACCCACUCAAGAUAGCUCGGAAUGGAAUCUGACUUUGUCAUUUUCCCUGGCAACGGACCGUUUAUUAAUCUAUAAAGGGUGGCAUCUCUGGCAAUUACUUGUCCCUCCUGUCACGGGAUGAUCUAACUCCGUUACCGGGCUCCGAUAUUACCACCCCAUCUCGACGUUUCCACCCUUUGCACCGUUAGCUUCAUAAAGUAAUCUCUGACAGAAAAUAUCAAACCAUUCUCAUGCGACGUUAAUCCGAUAGUAUCGUAAAGGAUGGAGAAUUAUUUCGAGAAAAUUUCAAUCCUGCACAAUUUCGUUUCCAUCGAUCUGUACAAAAGUAACGCAUACUAUUCGACGAGCAAGUUCAUUCGCUUUUUUUUUUUUUGCAUUUUUUUUUACAAAUACAUCGUUUCAGUUAUUACGAAUUUUUUCGUUCUGUUUUCGACAAUUUUCCCUCAGGAAAAAUUUCCAUCGGUUUGAACUACCCCGCUCGUUACCUUCUUCGUUUUAUGCUCUCUUUCUUUUUGUUUCCAUUUAAUUCCACUGUAUGCAAACGGCAAACGAAUUUUUCGCAUAUUCGCCAAUCUCCACGUUGCAAUGCAGCAUACACGUGUAUACGUACGUACCACGAAUAAAUCCCUUAGCUACUUUUCUGGCAAACGACCAAGUUUUAAUCCUUCGAGCAUUUCAUUAUCCAUGUUUAUUAGCGCAUCCUGAUUGGUUGAUCGGUGAUGGAUCGCCAUGACGUCACGCGGACGAUAUCCAAUCAAUCAAAGGAUAAGCGGAUUAAUCUGAUUACGCGGACCACAGCCGCAAACAACCGUCCUGGAUUACGGAUUCCGAUUUGAUCGAAAACUCUUCUAAUGGCUGAGCUACUCGCAUUUAUUCGGUGUAAUGAAUUAUUAAAACAUCCAUAGAAAGUCAAUACGAAUUUCAUAUUUCCAUUGGCAAUUCGAAUAAUCUCUGUACGUUUACAAACAGAGACAGAGCUACUUAUAGCCUUUCAUAAAUGAUAACAACAGUUCUUUCACAUCCAUCAUUGUCAAAGAAAAGUUUCAUUUCUACUGUAAAUUUGACUUUGCUAUCUUAAAGAAAUAUCAAUCCUUUCUCCCCAUAAUUUAUUACGAUAUUUCCACGUGAAACUGGUGGAGACAGUUCGACAUAUGAGGAAAAAAUGAGUGUUGCGCAUGACGGGUGUCCUUUCGAUUACAAUGUAAUUCAAUUACACUUAUAUCAGCAAAGGAAAUUGUUCUCGAGGGAUUGGAUACAUUUAAUUCAUACUCAUAUAAUGUAAGAUACAUGAGAUGUGUCGUACCCCUCGUAUACCCGUCUGAGAGAUACGAGAAAUCCUACGCAACAACCCCUAUCGUAUCAGGACGGUCUAGGCCAAACUAUUUCAUCUGCAGUCGUAGUCCCCAUAGCAUAGGCUACAGGCUGACAAUUUUGUUUGGGGUGACGAAAAGUCAUGGGUGUGAUACAAGGGUGAAACCCAUACUUAUGAAUGCCAGAAAAGGGGUUGCUCGUUCGUUGCCUUUGUGAUAAAUAAAUUGAUCUUGAAAGUAGUUAACGUUUACUCUCAAAUUCGUGCAUAUAAAUAUCGUGCACUUUUUUUAACUCGUAGUAUUGAAAUAGCGUGAGGAAAAUCUAUAACUAAUUUAAUACCGAUUUUAUUUCAUUUUCGAGAUAGCAUCUACGUAAGUAGACGUUCACGGUCUUGUAUAUUUAUACCGAACGCCGCUGUAUUCCCAGCACAUCCUGUGCAGAAUUGAUUUUGCACAUCUUCGCCAAUAGAGUGCUAUUUAUAAACCGGCGAGGCUUCGUGCCUAUUCACGUUAGCUUUUUAUACGUUGAACCAUAAAACCGCCGUUUUUUUCAAUAGGUCUAUAAGUUAAAUUACGCUCUUGAACAAUAUAAAGGAAUUUCGAUCGUAAUCGUAUUACAGUGUAAGAAUUAAAUCAGUCUUUAUAUUCGAUAAGAAAUUAUUUUUUACAAAAAAAUUUGUUCACCCUUUUUUCAUUUUAUACUCGUUUAAUUGAAAUGUUAAUCUUAUUGCUAGUACACAUUGGUGUCUGUAAAAUACAAAAUGUAAAUGAUGUCGCUUGUAAAAUUCCAUAUCUCGUUGUAAUAACUCUUUAAUUUUCCGUAUUUCCUGACUUAGGUUCGUCGCGGGGUUUGCAUAACAAUGUGCCUGUAUAUAAGCGCAAAGAACGAUGUCAGGAAUUCACUAAUUAAAUGCCAAUGUACAGCACGCCGCCAUUGCAGGCAGCUUACGUUAUAAAUUAAAAGAUCAAACUUUAAUUUAUGAAAAUGCGAUAAGAACGUUCGCUGUUUUAAUAAUAUAAGAAAUGAUCCUGAAAGUCCUCCUGCAUCUUCUAUCUCGAUGGUCAGUAGAAAGUUUUUCGAUAUCUCUCAAUGCUCGGAGACAUCACCUCGAGCUUCAUUUACAUAUUCAACAUAUGCAAAGCGACUAGACGAAAUUCUUUCGGCAUUCAUUUGCUCCCGUUCUCGAACAAAAGAGUUGGCUUUAGGUCAAACUUCCAUGGUAAGGCAGAAGGAUCGCAAUAAAUUAAAACCAGCGAAUAUCUUGGAUUCUUACGCAUGGAAUUACAUAGCCCAUAGUUCACAGUCAACGUAGGAUUCUCAUUGGUGCGUUAGAAUUCGUAGACAAUUGCAAUUUAUUUUAUUAUAUGUAAUAAUUGCACAUG